AUGACAUUUGACAGAAGAACACACUUGCGAAGAGAGCGCGAAAAAAAAUAUGCCGAGAACAUUGCACAACCUAAAGGUGUAAAAUUACCAUCAUAUGAUGCCAUGGAAAAAUAUCUGGAAGAUCCUGAAACGCUUAAUGAAGAAGCAGUUUUCAAUGGAAUAUCUUGGACGGAGAUAUCUUCAUUCGCGAUUACGAUGCCGUCUGAUAAUGAUAAAAGCAAUCAAACAGAUGAAAUAAAGAAGUUUCUAGAAUUUCUCAUUCCAUUAACUGAAUUCGACUUUUAUGACAUCCGCAACUCCUCGAUCUGUUAUCCUAAUGCAAAGAUCGAUUUCAUUAUUGUGCGCAAGGAUGGUAUCAUUUAUGAACAGAUUUUGGUAACAGUGAUAGAAGAAAAAAGCACGACAAGUCACAAAGAUGCGGUGUGUCAAGUCUGUGAUAGAUAUAUGGGAAUUUUGAAGCAGCAACGACAGUUCAAAGUAGCGCACCGGCCUUUUACAUUACAGAACUGGACUCUUGCUCCUAAUGGAACACCAGGUGAGAAAGGAUAUAGUCUUUUGGUCAGAUUGUUGAAAUCACCUUCAGCCUGUUUGGGAUUUAUACCAUGUUUAAUUCCAAACUCGCCUUAUCUGUUUACAAGAAUGGACAAAAUGUGUGAAUAG